UCACAUGUCACGCUAAGGUGACUUUCAAGCAGUUUUUCCACUUUUGCGCACAAUGUCGGAGCGGCACAAAGAUGUACAUCGGGGACGCAGUGGCCAAGCGGACCGCCCAGGCUGUGCGUGAGGACACAUGCAAACUGUCAGGCUGCACUCCUCCAUGCGUAAAAGGCUCUACAGUUUGCCACAGCACAUUGGACAGAAAGCAUCUAUAAUGGGCGAAGGAGAAGACGCAGACAAGGACACCCGGAGGAAGAGUAUUAGGAUGAAGCAUCUACCGUCUCCGUCGCCGACCUCUGGGGGAAGCUGCAAAGGCAUCGGGGAGACCAAAAGUGGGGAGUCUGUGAUCAUGGAGACGGACAUAGGGAGACCGAUGAAGACCAGCUCAAAUGGAGAUUGCCGUAGAUUUCGAGGCAGCCUCUCGUCCAUCACAAGUCGGCAUGUGCACGACUCUGACUCGGCGGAGGAGAGGCGCCUCAUCACCGAGGGGGAUGUUACCCCGAGCGAGGAGAGCCCCCCCGGAGCGAUCGGCGAUGGGCCGCCGGAUCAAGGCGCGCAAGGGGCCAGCGGUGGCGGUGGUACCCAAAAAGAUUCCCCAGACCAGCAGUCAGGGUUUAUAAAGUUGGAUGGCAUUGAUCAAAUUCUGCCGGACGACGAAAGAUUAUAUCAAGCUGGGUUCAUACACAGACAGUUUGGAGCAAUGCUUCAACCAGGGGUCAACAAGUUCUCCCUGAGGAUGUUUGGAAGUGAGAAGGCGGUUGAACGGGAACAAGAGCGGGUUAAAUCCGCCGGAUUUUGGAUAAUUCACCCAUACAGUGAUUUCAGGUUUUACUGGGACUUGACCAUGCUGCUGCUGAUGGUGGGCAACCUCAUCAUCAUCCCCGUGGGCAUCACCUUCUUCAAGGAUGAGCAUACGCCCCCCUGGAUCGUGUUCAACGUGGUCUCCGACACCUUCUUCCUCAUGGACCUGGUCCUCAACUUCAGGACGGGUAUUGUCAAGGAGGACAACACGGAGAUCAUCUUGGACCCGCAACAGAUCAAGAUCAAGUACUUACGGAGUUGGUUUGUGGUGGACUUCAUCUCCUCCAUCCCUGUGGACUACAUCUUCCUCAUUGUGGAGACGCGCAUCGACUCAGAUUUCUACAAGACGGCACGCGCCUUGCGGAUUGUCCGCUUCACAAAGAUCCUCAGCUUGCUGCGACUCCUGCGCCUCUCUAGACUCAUUCGCUACAUCCACCAAUGGGAAGAGAUCUUCCACAUGACCUAUGACCUAGCCAGCGCCAUGGUGAGGAUAGUCAACCUGAUUGGCAUGAUGCUGCUGCUGUGCCACUGGGACGGCUGCCUGCAGUUCCUGGUGCCCAUGCUGCAGGACUUCCCCGCCGACUGCUGGGUGUCCAAAAAUAAGAUGGUGAAUGACACAUGGGGACAGCAGUACUCCUACGCACUUUUCAAAGCUAUGAGCCACAUGCUGUGUAUUGGGUAUGGCAUGUACCCCCCUGUGGGCAUGACAGACGUGUGGCUGACCAUCCUCAGCAUGAUUGUGGGUGCUACCUGCUACGCCAUGUUUGUGGGCCACGCCACUGCGCUAAUCCAAUCUCUAGACUCAUCUCGACGGCAGUACCAGGAGAAGUACAAACAGGUGGAGCAGUACAUGUCCUUCCACAAGCUGCCAGCAGAUAUGAGACAGAGAAUCCACGAUUACUAUGAGCACCGUUACCAGGGCAAGAUGUUCGACGAGGAGAGCAUCCUGGGAGAGCUGAACGAGCCGCUCCGAGAGGAAAUCAUCAACUUUAACUGUCGAAAGCUGGUGGCGUCUAUGCCUCUGUUUGCCAACGCUGACCCCAACUUUGUCACCUCCAUGCUCACCAAGCUGAAGUUUGAGGUGUUCCAGCCUGGGGAUUAUAUCAUCAGGGAGGGCACCAUCGGCAAAAAAAUGUACUUCAUACAGCAUGGGGUUGUCAGCGUACUAACCAAAGGCAAUAAAGAGACCAAGCUUUCAGAUGGCUCCUACUUUGGAGAGAUUUGUUUGCUGACACGGGGCAGAAGGACAGCCAGCGUCCGAGCGGACACGUACUGUCGUCUGUACUCACUGUCUGUGGACAACUUCAAUGAGGUGUUGGAGGAGUAUCCGAUGAUGAGGCGGGCCUUUGAGACUGUUGCACUGGACAGACUGGAUCGUAUUGGCAAGAAAAACUCCAUCCUGCAACACAAGGUACAACAUGACCUCAGCUCUGGUGUACUCAACUACCAGGAGAAUGAGAUCAUCCAGCAGAUUGUGCAACAUGACAGGGACAUGGCCCACUGUGCCCACCUAAUGCAGAAUGCCCCACCCCAGACGCCUCCCUCCCCUACCCCUGUCAUCUGGGCCCCCCUCAUCCAGGCACCUCUCCAGGCAGCAGCCGCCACCACCUCAGUAGCCAUUGCCUUGACACACCAUCCCCACCUUCCACCAACUCUCUUCAGGCCUCCUGUUUCUGUUCUGGGAUCGCUGAAGGACCCUUCCAGCCGGCUUAAGAAGUUCCACACAUUUGUUCCUCCAUUCACAGCACCUGGCUCUGCUGGGAACUCUCCCUCUAACACACCCUCUAAACUGCGCACUGGGGUGGACAUGCCAUUGUUGGCCUCUUUUCGGGCCCAGCACAUGACAUCAGGUACAGGGGCAGCUGGCUCUAGCCAACAGGCCUCAGGUAGCGGAGGCCAGCAUGGACCUAGUGGGGCUGGGUUAGGGUCCAAUGGAGGAGGGGUCUCUGCCUUCCCAUUCGGACCAUACUCUUCCUCUAAUUCACCCUCAUCAAGUAUGGCCCAGCUACACCCACAGCCACAGCAUCAACAGCCCUUUCGCUCCAGCACCCCACCUCUCUCACAUCUCUUCCACCAAGGAUCUACAGGUGGAAGCACAGGGUCAGGAAUAAGUGGAGGGGCAGUUGGAGCCUGUGGUGGUGCUACAGGGUGGUCUUCAGGUGGAGCGGUCGGAGGGUCUGUGGAAGGAGCCACUGGAGGAGACACUGCUUGGGCUGGAGAGGACUUUACAACUGGAACAAUAGAAGUGACUCCUGGGGGGCACUUUAUGUUGGGAGGAGCUACUGGUGGAUCAGUAGGAGAGAUCUCAGGGGAAUCAAUGGGAGGGAUAUCUGAAGGAUCUGUGGGUGCUGCUUGUGGCAGGUUAACAGGUGGGGCAUCAGGUGGACCAGUAGGGGGUGUUCCUUGUGGGCCAAUAGGAGAUGCAGCCAGGAGAUCAAUGAGAGGGACUUCUAGAGGAUCAAUAGGACGAGCAUCUGGGGGAUCAGUGGGAGGGGCUUCUGGAGAAUCACUGGUAGUGACGACCACUGGAGGAUCGUUAGGGAGGGCUUCUGGUGGAUCAAUGGGAGUGGUUUCCGGGGGGUUGACAGGAGGGGCCUCUGGGGGGUCAAUUGGAGGGGCUUGUGGAGGACCACUUGGAGGGGUUUCUGGUGAUUCAAUGGUAGGGAAUCCUGGAGGAUCGUUGGGAAGGGCUUCAGUUGGACCAACAACUAGCCAUAUAGGAGGUUCGAGUGGGCCAGGGGGAGGGGUGAUUGGAGGACAUAUUGGCAGAGCAGCAGGGGAGGCAGUAGGGAGCCAUAUAGGAGGGUCUACAGCUUGUCCUGUAGGAGAGACUUCUGGUGGAAUUAUCGCUGGACUUAGUAGUUCCUCCUGUUGUCAGAGUCCUAUAUCCACGAGCUCGUCCAGCCCUAUGCCUGGUCAGCUUCUUCAUAGUCAGCCACCACCCAAGCAUCCUCAGGUGGCUCCUUUGCAGCAGUUUGCUGGGGGAGGCAGGACUACCAGUGGCUUAAACCUCUUCCAUUCCCCUCCCCAAGACUCUCCAUCUUCUAGUAGAGGACAGCACAGCCAGCAGCCUGCUGAGAGCUCGCCAUCUUCCCUCAGCCAUUUUAGCCUGGCAGGCCUCCAGUCUGGGUUCCUGCCUCACCAGAUGUCCCUGGAGAGGUCUGCCCUGGCCUCCCUGGCCCAGUAUGGUUCAGCAAACGCCUCCCCCUGCCUUACCCCCGUGGCGCCCAGCCCUACUAUUCAAAGCCCAGUGGCAGGCAGGACUUUCCACUAUAGCGACCCUUCCAGUGCCACAGGAUCCCACAGUUCUCUGCUCAUGCCUCAGUCUUCUCUCUCUUCACAGCUUCCCAGCCAGCCACACACAACAGGGAGAGAUUCUCCACUGGGCCGCUUUUCCGAGGACCUAAUGCUUUUAUCCAGCUCGCACCCAUCUCUGCCCCAGGAGGUGGCCCAGGCUUUAGGCCACCAUACUCCUCGCUCCUCUGUGGAACCUGGAUAUUACCCCUCACCCUUUUCCUCACCCACUCUUGUGCCCAAACCCUGUAGCUCAGUGCCAGGGCGCAUGACUCCUCCAAUCCAGAUGUCUCCGGGGCACCCUCACCAGACACAGUCCCCUGGGGCCUCCCCGGCCUUGCCUCUACGGAGGGGCUCUACAGCCUAUUCAUCAGAUCUAGAACCUCAAACUGUCCGCUCUAAACUACCUUCCAAUUUGUGAGGAUUGAUCACACCCUCCUGUGCUCCUCCAAACUGAAACACUGAAACACACACAAACUAUCUCCAUGUGUGGCAUUCUUUUCUUUCUGUCUUCACUGUGUUCCACCUCUCAUUUUACAAAGAUCUUAAAUUUACUGUGAUUUAAAAGACACUUUACCGGGUAACUCGGAGCUCUAGAAUACUCUAUAUUUGUUUUAUGCUUUGUCCUCUUUUUUAUUCAUAUAUUCUGUAAAUAGAUAGAGAUAUAUUUAAAUGAUAAGUUAAUCAAGGGACUAGGAGGGUGUGAAAAAUGAUCUCCAUUUAAAGGACAGUCCUUUUCUUUAUUUCUAUAACUAUGCCAAAUUCAUCUGGUGAUGUUUGGGAUAACAGAUUCAAUGGACUACACAAUAAUACUCUUUUUCAGCAGGAACCUAUGCACUAAUACCUGCAUGUAUAAAGGUUUUUUGUGUGUUUAAAAAAAGUAUCUUCAUUUUUAGCUGAAACAACAUGCUUCGACACAGGCUGACUCUUAUACCAUCUCAUACAGGAUCACAUAUUGUUGAUCCUUAGAUGUGUCUAUUAGAUUGUACUUAUUUAUCCUCUGUAUAAACUUUUCAAAACCUUAUAAGAGAUGGAGAAGAGAUUUUAGGAAACCAAAAAGACUUUUCCUGUGGGGAAAUAAUUCACCUCCUCUUGCCCCAACAAUCCUUAUUUUAUGCCAUUUUAUCGUAAUAAUAGUGUUUUUUGAAACAGGGGGAGAGGGGUUCAGCGAGCUACCCUCCAUUUCAAUAUUGAGACAUAACAGUAUGUGAGUGACUGGCUUUCUGCAGAGUCCUCAACCGUGUCCUAACAAGCUCACUUUGUCUUCCAAGCUCAUGCCGCUAAUGUGUGUAGAAAGCAUGUGUUGUUUUUCUUCCUGACUGUGUGCAACUGUUAAUGUGUGAGUGUCAGUGAGAAUAAGUGUGUGAUUCAGUGGAACAGUCGGAUGCAAGGCAGGACUUUUCCCUGGACUGAUCAAAAGGAAGUUUGCCUUUUUCCACACAAAAACUAGGACUUCCAUUAACCACAGCUUGUGUGUUGCAUUUUGUAGCACUCAGAUUGUUCAAAAACAAAAAAGAGUCAAGUAUAUAAAGCCCCAAAACUAGACUGUCAGUCAUUGAGCAAAUAAAGUACAUACCGUACACAAGCUGAAAUAUCUGAAAAGUGCUGGAAAUGGAAAUAUGCCACUUGAUAUUUGAUUUGUGCAUUACUUCUUCUACUGUAGCUGCUAUAUGGUCAACAUAGACAUGUUCCCAUUGAAGGCCAGUUCUGAGUUUGAGAUGUUGAAUGUAUGUACAUUUGUUGUUAUUAAAAGUAAGUACUGUAGCUAUGGUAGAUGCACUGAAGGCACAACGCCCCAUGGGGUUAAGAGACUGUUCCAUAACUAAAAAGGUCAUUGGUUCAAUAUCUUUGACAGGCGUUUUCAUCAGCAGCCAUUUCUUCUGCCAAAGUGUCCUUUAGCAAGACACAGAACCAAUACUGACUAAACUGUUGGAAGGCUGGAUAUAUGACUCAGUAAGUUGCCUAAAACAGCCCACUCUUUACUGAAUAGUCUCCAUAACGAACUACUGCGCUGCUUCUGUAAGCUUUCUUUUAGCACAUGAAGGGGCAGUGAAGACUUUGGCAACCACUGGUUUGAGUUUUGUCACAGUAAACAUUUUAAAAUGUACUGCACAUUGUUUAAUAUUUGCUUCAGUUUUGAUUGCAUUGCUGCUGGUAUUUCUGAAUUCAUAUAACAUACACUACAUACAAAAAUCAAAGAUGGGAAUAGGUCCAUCAUAUAUGUGUUUUCAUUCAGAAUCUGGGGGCACUGUCAGAGAGCCUUACAUUGGUCAUGAAAACUGAAUACACAGCAGAGCAAGGUAUCACUAAACUCCCAAAGGAGAGGAACAGUGAUAUGCUUCUACAUGUUUGUCUGUAGCUCAUCACCAGGACAGUACUGGGUUCCACUCAAACAGCUGAGUCCCUAACUCAGUCACAGCACUCAGCCACAGCAACCUAAUUUAACAAGACAUGUCUGUAAUCCCUUGACCCUCGCAGGCUAUCAUGGACUCUCAUACAGGGGUGCACAGUGACCACGCUUUCCCCUCAUUACAAUCCCCAGAAGUCCCUAUACUGUAAUAAGGUAUAGCAAUACACGACCUGACACACAGCUGCACAAAUGCACAUUUACAGACAUGCACACAACCAUAAUAGCACACAAUGACUGCUCCUGGCAAAAAUGAGAAAUCUUCAACAAUCUUAUUUGUUAUCCACAACAUUUUAUGUUGUUGAAAAUAUCCUUGACUGAAUUUGCAGAAAGCGAAUCUCUUUAUUUAGCCAGUAGUUCUUAACACUUUUAUGAUUAGGGAUUUAAUGUAUGAUUUUUGUUGAAGACAUGAAUUCAUGUACUGUUACCCAAGGAAGACUUGGGAUAUUAAUAUAACAUUUACAUUUUUUAUUUUUCAUCCAUUUUAAAUAACAGUUUAGUCUUCGAUCACAAGCAACUUGCUCUAAGUGGAAAUGGGCACACAUGUACAUCCCUAUAUUCAUAGCCUUGUCAGACAUUGGGGCAACUCAUUAAAUAUCAAAAUUCUUCUAUCAACCUAACCUGUGUUUUAAGCAACACUGUUGAUGAUGUGUUAAUAUUAGGGUGCAUUGUGUUGUUUGAUGAUGUAUUUCCUUAUUUUUGUUUGGAUAACUGGCCAAAUGUAGACAUAAUUUUGUGAUAAUUAUAAGAUCAUUACCAGUACAAAAAAAAUCAAUUUCUACAAAAACGUUGAAUAUGAGAAAAUAUCAGCAAAUAUCGGCAAUCAGAAUUGCCUCAAUAGUCCAAUGCAACACAACUGACAAACUUGCGUUUUGCAAGUACACGCAAAACCAGCACCUGAAUGCAAUAUGUCCAGGCAUGAUCUGUGUUUCAGUCCUUAUGUGAAAUGUAGAAUAUCAACAACUGACAUAGAAUUAGACUCUAACUCUAUGAUUAUUUGGCUUAUCAUUACAGAAUCACUCUUGAAUUAGAUUACAAUGGUGAAAUCAAUAACGGAUCAUAGCUUUUAUCUGGAUCCACAUGACCUUUUCAUGGUCUUCGCAAUGCUAGAGCAGUGUUUUAUUCUACUCACCCACAUUUAAAACUAGGGUAGGUAAUGUAUUUCAGAAGCAUUUUUUGUUAUUUGUUGAAAUUGUCUUUACAUCCGACAGCAAUCAAUAAAUCAAAUGCUCUGAUUGUGUAAUAAGCCCAUCCUAUGAUUGACUGG